AUGGAGGCAGAGAGCGUGGGCCUCGGACUGCUGUCCCUGGCGCUCAGCGCCGGCGCCCUGGGUCUCCUGAUCUGCACCCGCGGCUGCAGGCGCUUCAAGAAAGGCGUCUGGUUUGCGAGGCAGAAGACCAGGGCACCGGCCCCGGCAGAGGAAGGUGAGCGGAAGCUGACGGUGGGCAGCCUAACCCAAGACAUCCUGAUGGAUUUCCCACACUCGGUGGCUGUGCAGAAGAGGGUUCUGAUCAACCUGCGGUUGGUGGAGGGCAGGCUGCAGGAGCUGCAGCAGUUCCUGCUGAUCAAGGGCACCACCCUGGCCCUGACCUCCCGGAACAGCAGGCCGUGCUGCCGGAACAGCCGCGUCCGCUGCCCAGGACAAUAAAUGACGUUUCCACUUC